AACCCUGCGUCAAUAAAGCAGCGUCGCGGAUCGCUUUUAAAGCUGUAGCCGCUGUUUGCGCGGCCUCGUUACGUUCUUCUGGGCGUGUGGGAAGAAAAUAGCCGCACUUUAAUCCCCUGCCAGUAAAUAAAGCGCUCACGCGGGGAUAAAGGUAGAGCUCAACCCACCGCUCCGCAGUCGGACGCGCCUGUGAGCAAGGCACAGCUGCGCGAGCGGCAGCCUCGGCUUCGGCUCCGUGAACGGCCGCGCGUGCUUUCUGCGGCCGAACCGACGCAAACCGCCAGAGCAGCGACGACAGCGCGGGAAAAAACGAGCCGUGGGUCGAGAGCUACAGGGCCCGCAGCAUGACGGAGCCGCAGGACCAGAGCGAAGAACCGGGCCUGACGUCAGCUCAGGACCUGGAGCCCAAGGACGGGGAGGCGCACGGACACUUCAGGUUUCAGUUGAUUGAGGACUUGUCGUAUGAAGACGUGAAGAAGUGUUACCGCGGCUCGUGUGUGUCUUGCAGCAGCGUGCUCCAGGCCCUGGACGUGCGCGAGUGUGUGUGUGUGUACGGCGCCAACGUGCUGAGCCUGGUGCAGAGCUCGUGUCCUCUGAGGGAGAGGGUGGCGGCGGCGGCGGGCGGAGGCGGGGCGGCCGGUGGCGCCGGCGCCGUGCGGACGGGCCGGUCCACUAAGGAGCUGCUCAUGACUCUGCCCUGUCCCUCUGCACAGACUGUCAGCAAGUACGACUCGCAGUUCCACAAACUGUUCCCGUGCGUUCCCAAGGACGAGAUCCUCAUGAAAGUCUACUCCUGCGCUCUUCUCAGAGACAUCCUGCUCCAAGGCCGGCUCUACAUCUCCAGACACUGGCUGUGCUUUUAUGCCAACCUGUUUGGCAAAGACAUCAAGGUGGCCGUCCCCGUGGUGUCUGUGAGGCUGGUGAAGAAACACAAGACCGCGGGCCUUGUGCCCAACGGCCUGGCCAUCACCACCGACACGGGCCAGAAGUACGUAUUUGUAUCCCUGCUAUCAAGAGACAGCGUAUAUGAUGUCUUACGCAGGAUCUGCACACACCUGCAGGUAAAUGGGAAGAGUCUGAGUUUGAAGCAGCUCAUGGAGGAGCCGACCUUAUCGCUGGACGAGUUUCCAGCUCCAGAUGAAUUCCCAGUGGUGGAUGAAUUCCCAGCAGUGUUAAAGUGGAGGAGGAAGCCGUCGGUGGUGUCGGUGUCCUCCUCCCUUCCUGAUCUCCUGGGAACCUCCACCAGCGCCACGGACGCGCCCUUUAAGUCAGAACAGCCGCUGGAAGAGCGAGCGCUGCAGACCGAGCCGGUGGCAGAACUGGGCCAGAUGGAGUACCAGCUGCUCAAGUUCUUCACUCUGCUCAUCGUCCUCCUCAUCCUGUCGUCGUGCUACUUGGCCUUUCGCGUGUGCAGUCUGGAGCAGCAGCUCUCCUUCCUCAGCAACCCCAACCUGCCCCUGAGAGAGAGGUAGCGGCGCCGCCUGCUGCCACGCUGCCGUUACGCCCCGCGCGUGGACAUGACAGGUCCAGGACCAGCCCAGAGCCUGGAGCCCGGACCAGAACCCGGACCAGAACCAACCGCGCACCAGCUGCCACGCGCGAAGGGCAACCAGCCACGCACCCCACGGACCCUCCCUCUGGGGACGGACUUCCGUUUCAGUGAUCACUUCCAAACUAUGCAAAGAGACGAUGAAGUCGUUUCCUACCUCUUUCCGUCCCUCUCACAGAUGACACUGCGGUGCAUAGGGGUCCGGGAGUAGUCAGCAGCUCACGGUUGAACCGGCCGUUUGCGGCACCGGUGAGGUUUAGUAGUGAAGGAAGCUAGAGGUGUAAAGAGAUCAUAAACAGCAAAUGUAACAUAUUCUGCUGAUAAAGCGCAGGUUAAACCACAGGGUCUUUAUUUGUGGUGAGGUUCUGCUGUAGUCGUUAGUAGUGAAGCUAAAACUAGCUGCAACAAUGCACUUUUUAAUAUAGAAAUGUAUCUAUAACACUUUGAAGAGUUUGGGUCUAUUUUGCUUUAUCUAUGAUAAUGAUCAUACUGUAGGUACACAGUUGUCAUUUUUAAGGUAUUUAUGGAAGAGAGUCAUUUUCUGACACUUGACUGAAGUGAAUCCUGUCAUUUAACUGGAGCUGUUUCGCCCGUGGGCGUCGACAAUAAUGUGAAAGGCAGUUAAAUGACGUGAACGUUGUGUUUUACAGGGUAGUUUUUCUUUUCUACAUUUCAAAUCAAGUCACCAUAGGCUUGAAAUGACUCAUGUCACAUCAUUACACGAUUUUCUGAAGAUGUUUCACUUGAAUAGACUUUGUCUUGGA